ACUAGCUUCAAACCUUAAUAAAAGCAGAUUGUCUUCAACAUUCUUCUUCCAACUCCUUACUUCCCUUCUUCACAUCUACUUCCUUAUUUUCCUCUCUCUUCUCUUUUUCUUCUUUAUCAAACAACCUUAACCGUAUAAAAUCUCUUGUCUCAAACAUCCUUAUUCUCUCCGAACAUGUCAAUGGCAACAAAACAACCACUCUGGUCUCCACCUGAGUUCGAAGCUUCCGCCUUCGGUUUCCCCACUGAGUUCCCCUACGAGUUUGAAUCGUUAACUGACUCAACAGAAAACAGUAGCGACGAAGAAGAAAGUUUCUUUGCUGGGUUAACUCAAAGACUGAGUCAAACCACCCUCCGUGAAACUCAGAAGCAUGAAUUCAUCACAGCACCUACCAUGAAAGCUCGUGACGUGGCAGGGUCACCUCAGUCGACUCUGAGUGGAAUCGGUAGCUGGUCUGGUCGAAGCAACGGUUCAGGUGACGGAAGUCCUAACGGAAACUCUCGUGUUCCGUCACCGGUAACGGCGCCGUUUGUUGACCCUUGGGAAGCUAUUUAUGCAGCUGCAGGUCAAGUUGCUAGGUUCAAAAUGAACAACUCAGUGGGUCCCACCCAUGUUAACAUGGUUAAUGGAGAAAUGAAACAGAAACAGAAACAAAAACAAGAGCUGUUAGAUUGUUGUUCAGUGUGGGAAAGGGAAACAAAUCCUAAUUGGUUGGUUCAGCAACAGUUACUGUUGAUUCAGAAUAGAAGGCGUGAACUUGGUUAUAAGAGUAGUAGUAAUGGAAGAUGCAACGUUCCUUUGUCUUUUCAACAAAACCAAAGGGUACCACAAUAUGGACUUGGUGGAUCCGGGUUUAGGGUUCCGGUUCAAGGUGGAUCUUCUUUGAAAAAGGUUUCUGGUGGAACUGGUGUGUUUUUACCUCGUCAUCAUUAUGAUACUACACCUACUCCUACACCUUCAGAUUCACGCAAGAGAACUGGUUGUGUACCUGUUAUGUUACCGGCUAAGUCAGUAAAUUCUUUUAACAUGAACAUUGAUGACCCAAAUGUUACUAAUCAACCACGCUUUACUAAUAAUGCUUUUGCUAAUGAUUAUGAUUUGUUGUUGGCAAGGAGAAACGCGCUUUUGAAGCAACAGCUAUUAAUGGCACGGCGGGAAGAAGCUGCCAGCUGUGAAAUUCGUCUACCUCAAGAGUGGACUUAUUGACUCUGAAGGAACAAAUAUUCUACAUGGUGAACUUUUUGAAGAAGAAAUUAAUUACUGGAAUAUUUUGUUGUGAUAUUCAAAAAUGGUAUUUUGGUUUUUUAGCAAAAAGUGAAAUUCAAUAGUGUGUUUGGUAGUAUAGUUGCAAAAUCCAGUUCUUGUGGAAAAAAAGAUUGUACUAGCUUUUAGGAUCUGGUUCUAGUUGAAGUAAUAAUGAAAGAUUAGUAGUUUAGGGAAGUUUUUUUUUUUUUCUUUCUUCUUUUCUUAAUUAUAUUUAUUAAUAAUAAUAUUAUUAUUUUAAGUUGUGCUAAUAAUAAGAUUAUCACAGUGUGUUCUUUCAUGUAAUGGUGAUGGGACUGAUGGGUUUAAGUUAUGAUGGUUUAACAUUGAUCAGGUUUCAAGGCAAGCUAGCAAAAACUGCUAUGGCAGAUUUGGGUUGAUUUUCCCAUAUCUUUGUAUAAUACCUAGCUCAUUUUUAUACUAUGCAAUAAAGAUUGCUCA